ACCUGGAUUACACGGUGCGUAUCCUCCUCUACUCCAUCAUCUUCCUCCUCAGUUUCUUUGGCAACAUGAUGAUCAUCGUGGUACUGAUCCUGAACAAGAGGCUGCGGACGGUCACCAACUCCUUCCUGCUCUCCCUGGCACUCAGUGACCUGAUGGUCGCCAUCUUCUGCAUGCCCUUCACCCUCAUCCCCAACCUCCUGGGAGACUUCAUCUUUGGUGAGACGAUGUGCAAGGUCACCGCAUACUUCAUGGGGAUUUCUGUCAGUGUUUCCACCUUCAGUCUGGUGGCCAUCGCCAUCGAGCGUUACAGCGCCAUCUGUAACCCGCUGCAGUCCCGGGCCUGGCAGACACGCUCCCACGCCUACAGAGUCAUCGCGGCCACCUGGAUCAUCUCCAUCAUCAUCAUGAUCCCCUAUCCCGUCUAUUUCCUGCUCGUCCAGUUCAAGAAGCCGGACAAGAGCUUCGGUCACAUGUGCCGUCUGGCCUUGCCAAGCAUCCAAGUGCAGCAGGCAUGGUAUGUCUUCCUCCUCAUCAUCCUCUUCUUCCUGCCGGGCCUGGUGAUGAUUGUGGCAUACGGGCUGAUCUCCUGCGAGCUCUACCGGGGCAUUCAGUUUGAGGUGACUCAGAAGAAGGAUGCAAAAGGACACAGGAACGGAGCAGGCACAGGGCUGGGCGGAGCCGGCCCUCAUGGCAGCGAGGACAACGAUGGCUGCUACAUUCAGGCCGGCAAGAGUGGCAACGCGGUGGAGAUGUCCAUGCUCACACCAGCGGGCAGCGCCAAGCUGGACCGUGCCCGGAGCAAUGCCUCCGAGUCCAAGCUGGUGGCCAAGAAGAGAGUGAUCCGGAUGUUGAUUGUCAUCGUCGUGAUGUUCUUUAUCUGCUGGAUGCCCAUCUUCAGUGUCAACACCUGGAGAGCCUUUGACCAGCUCUCGGCUGCUCGCAGACUGUCGGGGGCUCCCAUCUCCUUCAUCCACCUGCUGAGCUACACCUCGGCCUGUGUCAACCCCAUUGUCUACUGCUUCAUGAACAAGCGUUUCCGCAAGGCACUGCUCGGUACCUGUCGCGGCUGCCUCCGCCCCUUCCCGCUCUUCAAGGAGACAGACGAGGAGGCCGGCGUGACUGGAGCUUCUCUCUCCAAGUUCAGCUACACCACGGUCAGCACCGUGGGACCCCCCUGAACCCCUCACUCAUUGCUCGGCGGCCAAUCACCGCUUACCAUCACCUCCUCUGUGAAAACAUGAGAAACCCUGAGCAAUUCCACCCCAGAGCUGCCAGGGAGCAUCCAGCACCCAUCGCCUGCCCAACCCAACUUGCCCCUGCCCCAACCUGCCCCUGUCCCAACCCAACCUGCCCCUGACCCAUGCCAUCCUGCCCCAGUUCGCUCGCCAGCCCAGUCUGCCCCAGGCUGUCCAUGCCCGGUUACCUCUUACUCUGUGCCUGUCAGUAGUUCUGGGCCCUGCCCUCGCUCCCUGACCAUGAGUGGCACAUGCCACAUGCUGUCCAACACCGUGCGAGUGUAAGCAUGGAAAGCAAUUCUCACCUGCAUGUGUAAAAAGUGCGAUAUGUACACAACGGUUCAAAGUAGUAGACGUGUUCCAAGUGUUUAAAACCAACUUUAAAUACAUUUACAUAGA